AUGAGCUCCUCACCCACCUCUCUCUCGUCACCCCCAGCCAGCUCCAUCAGCAACCCCUCCUCACCCUCCCGCCUCAACGUGGGCAGGGCCAACAUCGAAAUGGACGAGAUUGUUGUCGACACAGCUUCAGGGCCCCGGUUUGGAGUGGUGGCACCCCCUGCGCCCCCUCCGCCCGAUGUGCCACUGACCGCCGCCGGUCUGCCAAGGAAGAAGCCCGGUCGAAAGCCCGGCAGCACCGUCAAGCCAAAGGUCAACCCUGAUGGCACGCCAGUCGCUGAAGCUGCAAAGGUCCGAAAGCCUCGGAAGCCUAGAGAUCCCAAUGCCCCUCCCAUCCAGCGAAAGCGCAAGAUUGCUGCCACGCAGGAGAUUGCCGAUGCUGGCCAGCCCUCUGCCGCCUCAGCCAGCUCGGUGCCGAAUCCGCACCAGCAGGCAACUGAGGCCAGUCCGAUGCGCAUGGAUCUGGAUUCACGUCCAGCAGCUGCAGCCACGCCCAGCAGCAGCAGCAACAACACCCCCAACCAGCAGUCCAACCCGGCAAAGAUCCCAAAGCGCGAGGGUGGUCCCUCUUUCAUGUCGUCCUUGUUGAACCGCGACUCUCCCCCACCCCUUCCCGCCCCGCCUGCCCCAGUGCGCAUGGCCUUUGAUCCUGUGCGGUCUUCUAGCUAUGACCCUGUCAGAGAGACAAUGGUCACCCGCGACCCCUACGGAACUUCUUCCUUGGCCUCACCUCGCGGUCCUGCCCAAAUGACAAACCGCGCCAGCGCAUCUCCAUCUAUUUCAAGCUUGAUCGAUGCCCCGCCACCAUCUAAUUCUAAGGUCGUCUCACCUACACAAGCACAUUCCUCCUUCCACAGCACUACGCAGGGCCGCUUCCAGGACCCCUCGUCUCUGCCGCCUUCGCCAUCGAACCAAGUGCGCAAGGACCCUCCGCCUAUGUCCGGUCCUGCUCCCAAGUCGUCCACGGUUGAGAUAAAAAAGCCUGGACCACCUCCAAUGAUGCCCCAACCGCCAAAGGAACCGCCCAAGGCCGAGCCAUAUAAGCCCACCGCGCCGGCCAGCGCUGGGGUGUCAGCCUCUGCUACCAUGCCCGCUCCAUCCAAGAAAGUUGCGACUGUCGUCGCUCAGACUCGGAAAGAGAAGAAGCCUGUCUCUUCUUCGUCUUCUUCUCCCAAGAUGGGUAGCCUGAAGAACGCGCUACCAGACCUUGCUCCACUGCCCGGUACUUCGAACGAUCGGUCUAUCCUCGACUUUGGAAAGGUUGCUCCCGGCGAAGAAAAGGAGGCCCCUUCGAUCAUCUUGCACAUUCCGCUUAAUGGCGAGGGCAACAAGUAUGUCAACUUCAUGCGCCUCGCCGAGAGCAAGUACGGCUGGGACGCUCUGCACCCACGUGAGGCAGCCAAUCGUGACCGCAAGGCUCGCAUUGCCGCCGCCUCUGCCGCUUUGGAAAGACAGCAAUCUGGCCGCGACUCUGCGGAGGAAGAGGACCCCGAAUUCAAUGCGAGCGAGGACGAGAACAGCAAUAUUGAGAUGGGCGGAAUGGGUAAUAACGGCGGCCUGACGAGUGGUGCUGACGCUGCUGCGCCUGAGAAGCCGAAACGCAAGAAGCGAAACUGGCGCGAGGACGAAUACGACCGCGGCGAUGACUUUGUUGAUGAUUCGGAACUCUUGUGGGAGGAACAGGCUGCGGCUGUCCAGGACGGAUUCUUUGUGUACAGCGGUCCAUUGGUGCAAGAGCUUCCGAAGGCUCCUGAGCGUGAGGGGCCUGCUAAGCGAGGUCGCGGACGUGGUGGCGGCCCUGGUUCCCGCGGCGGAAGAGGACGAGGUGAGGGUGGUAGAGGACGUGGUGGAGGACCCGGAUCCCGCGGCGGCACGACAACCCGCAAGCCUCGAAUCACCAAGGCCGAGAAGCAGCAGUUGGACCGCGAGAAGGCCGAGCGUGAGCAGAAGGCUCAACAGCUCGCGGCAUCUAAGUCGAACAGUGGCACCAACGGCAACGCGGCUGGAUCUUACGGCCUUUUGUCUGGGCUGGUUGGCCCGAACGCCUCUGUGCCUUCACUCUCCGCUGGGCUCGGCGCAGGUAUCAUGAACUCUUAG